AUGAGCCGCAUUCGACUGAUACAGCCUGACGGCACUGAGGUCGACAUUGAAGACACCGGCAAUAAUCACGCCAGAAACCGUCCAGACUUAGAGGCCGCAACGUCUUGGCGAAAUAAUGGGGGCUCACCCUCUACGAUCCCGCAAGAUGUUCCCCGAGGGAUUCCGUCGGAUGGACAAACGGAAAUCAAUGAUCAUGGCGACACCGCACAGUUGAAAGCCGAGACCACCAAGAGCGAGUCAAAAGUUCCUAGGUCCUCAAAGGACGACAUUUCGCACGUCGGCGGUGCACCUGGUCUCGACGAUCGGGAGCCCGGCAUGCCCUUUGAUGUAUCUGAAUCAGAGAGUGAACUCGACUAUGACGAUCUUUGGGAUUCCAUUGACGAGCAGCUUAUAGAGCCCCCUCCAGAGAAUGGGAGGAAGUACCUUCCAUUGGACCAACUUCGCAAGAUAAUGGUCAAGCCGAGAGUUCGACAAGAAUUGAAGAAGUUAAAGGGUAUGGACCAAGAUACGAUUCACAGAUACGCCAAUGCAGUCUGCGACACUACAGACUAUGGAACCAUGCAAAGGACGACGAGACACAAGAUGUUUGCCACUCUAGUCCACAUUGAGCAUAUUGAGGCAUUGUCAAGUUUCAUUGACGAGAAGAUUCAUGACGUCCAUUUGCCAUUCAUCUUGCAAAAGAAGCCGCGUUGGCAUUUAACAUACACCACGACAGACAGGACGACUAAUGAAAAGAUUACUGCCAAAUUUCAAGGAAGCUACAGUUGGAGUAAGGCAAAGAUGAACUCGUUCGUCGAUCACCAGUGGCUAUUUAUGGCUCCUUUCUUCGACAUGAAGGCGAACAAGCCCCCCUUCUAUCCGCUUGAAGCAAGAGUUGUGCUUCCUUUCCGCAAGGAAGAGAAAUGCGAUCCGGCAUAUGGGGGCUUUAGUACCGUGUCGAGGACACAUAUACAUGAAGCCCACCACAACUCUAAGCAUGCAAACCGGGCGGCUUUCGAGCGGGAGCUUCAUGCAAUGAAGAAGUUCAACCGACAAGGUCAUCCACAUCUCAUGAAGCUUCUCGCUACAUAUCAGUAUCAACAACAUUGGUAUUUUAUUUUCCCUUGGGCGAAUGGAAACUUGAGGGAGUUUUGGCAGCAGCAUCACACACCUCAACCAGACCACCAGCUCGUCGUUUGGAUUGCAGACCAAAUAACUGGCAUUGCGUCUGGUCUAAAGUUGAUUCAACACCCUCCCAAGGACCCUACAUUAACUCAAGACGCGAGAGACUCUGGUAGACAUGGUGAUUUACGACCAGAAAACGUGCUUUGGUUCAGAGAUCACGACAAAGAUAAAAGCAUCAUCGGUAGUGGGGUUCUCAAAAUUGCUGACUUUGGCCUCACCAGUUACCACCACCACAGCUCCAGAUACGACAAUGCCAAAGACGUGAAUUUUGCCCAGACUUACAAAGCACCCGAAGUGGAUGUGGCUGAGGAAGUUUCGCAACCUUACGAUAUCUGGACUUUGGGUUGCCUCUUACUAGAGUUUGUUACGUGGUAUCUCAAGGGUUGGCAAGGGGUGGAUGAAUUCUCCGGCGACCGGGCCAAGAAUGACGCGAAAGAAGACGAAAUCCCUCUGGAUACGUUUUAUAACAUCAUAAUGGUGGACGGUGUCAAACAAGCUGUUCUCAAGCCAACUGUCAAAGAGUUACUCACUUACAUCAGCGAUCAUCUCCUCCGAAUAGAUCCCAAAAAGAGACAAAAGUGUCUCGAUGUGGCGAAUACGAUGAAACAAAUGGCUGGGGAUUUCAAGCAGAAUCAAGAAUACGCUGUUUCUGGGUGCAAACCGCCUAACAAGUCCGGUACGACCGAAAUUACUCGAACUGAAAAAACGGUCCCGGAUUAUGGACACGCCGAAACAGAAUUCGGCACUCAAACAACGUUGGUUGGGUCCAGAGAUCCUUCUCCGAAACGAAGCGAAAUCCCCCAGGAUCAUGAUUCUGUGCUGCCAAACAGCACCAAAGGUCAUAAUGGCCACGUGGUGUAUCAGAAUGCUUCGAUAGAGUAUUCAAUUGAAACGCCCAAUACCACCACUACAAAGGUGAUACCCAUUGAGACACAAACCGUCUCUAACAGCGGCGGUGAGACAAAACAGUCUGAUACAAUCGAAAACGGAGGUGGGGGGGAUUCCAAAAGGAGAGGUGGUCACUCAGCAGGAAAGCGCUCUACGUUAUGGAGGAAUGAGUCCACCUUGGUCGAGACGGGCGGCGGCGGCGGCGGCGGUGGCGAGAUGCAUGUUAUGUCGCCAGGCAGAGCAUACACACAGUAG